GCGGUGCCCGGGAGGGUGGCCAAUCUGUGCGCGACCGAGGCGGGAUUUUCUCUUGCUCGCUCAGCCCGGGCGGGUGCUCCAGCCGCGGCUCCCGCAGGAGAGAGCCGAAGGGAGCUGCGGAAAGCGCGACGGUGCGCGGGUAGAUGCGGCAAACGAAAGGGAUUCGAGGUGCCUGGCGCGGCUGCGACUGCGACCUGCAGCUGCAGUGCUGGGGGAGAGGCCCGCGGAGCGCUGGGCUUGGGCAACUUCAUUUUUCCCGCCGCUCCAGAACUGGAGGGGUGGAGAGGUGCUGAGAGCUUGGAGAGGGGCUUGUAAUGAGUUCUUCACUGGAACCCCGCUCCUCCUCGAGCGUGGAGCAGUUGCUCGCUAUGAGGAGGGCAGCGGGCCUUGGGCGGAGCGGCCGCGUUCCCCGGGCCUGAGCGCCCACCCGCCGCCACCGCGGGGACGUCCCGACCCACCUCGGCUUUCGGCCAUGAGCUCUCGGUGAAUACGCGGCUUGGGCAUUCGUGGACCUGACACUUCGGGAGGUAAUGCUGGCUCAGGUUUGAGUGGCGUGGGAGAGUGAAGAAACCCUAAAAUGGAGGACUUUUCUACUAGGACCUAUGGCACCAGUGGCCUGGACAACAGACCUCUGUUCGGAGAGACGUCGGCCAAGGAUCGAAUCAUCAAUUUAGUUGUUGGCAGCUUAACAUCCUUACUGAUUCUAGUAACGCUGAUCAGUGCUUUUGUUUUCCCUCAACUACCUCCAAAACCGUUGAAUAUAUUUUUUGCUGUCUGCAUCUCUUUGAGUAGUAUUACUGCCUGCAUACUUAUCUACUGGUAUCGACAAGGAGACUUAGAACCGAAAUUUAGAAAUCUAAUUUACUAUAUCUUAUUUUCUAUCAUCAUGUUAUGUGUAUGUGCGAACCUGUACUUCCAUGACGUGGGGAGGUGAGGCUGCCAAGGAGAAACACUUACCAGGUCUCUUCCAAGCUAUACAUUAGGACUGUGAGUCAGAGCUGGGUAAGCUAUGCUGAAGAAUCUCCCGCACAAGUCUGAUACAUGAUUUUCAUGUUAAUUGUAAAUCUAAAAUUCCCUCUUGCAGGGGAGACAUAUCCUAGAUUGCUUUGCUUUUUCUUUAAGGAGGUGGUAUUGCACUUAAACAUUCCAACCCUUAAAGCUCAAAUGGCACAAGCAAUUUUCACUUUUGAAAUUAAACUUUUUUAUAAUGUAAGUGCAUGGCGAAAGGCUAUGUAACGAUCUUGCAUUUUAAGACAAAUAUUCUUUUAUUUCUGUUAAACUGAAUAUACAAUUAUUGUUCCCGAGGCAACCAACUUUUGCUUAUAACUACAAUUUCACAUUAACAAAACACAGACGGUGAAAAGACAACUUUGAUUGUGAAGAUCUAAUUACAAUAAUAAAUAAAAUAAUUUAUACAAGUUUUUUUUUUUUUCUUUUUUUGUGACUUUU